AUGGACGACGACGAGAUUGGCGCGCUCGACCAAUUUGUGAGCCAGCUCGAGGCAAAGCCUUUUAUCUUCAGCAAGAUGGAUAUUCCUCAGCUUCCCAGUCUAGUGAAUUCGACCCUCGAAGUCGCGAAGAGUGUGGAAGCCGAGUCGGAGGACAAGGGUAGAGUGGUGAGGAAGAUACAUGAGAUUAACAAAGACCUCAAGGCAUCCAUCGUAAACUUUGACAGCACCAAUUCAUUUUCCCGCAUCAUUGGUGAUGUUCCGAACACUGUGAUUUCAUUCAACGAGGUCAUCAGGCCGCCUACGAGCGAACAGAUGCUGCUGCGACUAGCGAUCGACCGCUUUGGCGAGACAUCCAAGUCCAUCGAGGAAGCUUUGGAUCAAAUCUUCGAAAGGAACAGGCAGCUGCAGUCGGAUAUCAGUGAGAUGGGCGAGACAUCCAAGGCCAAAGACCCCCAGGUAGCAAGACGAUGA